GCGAAAAAAUUAUAUCGUUUUUUUGCAACAGAAGAAAUUUAUUUACGAUAUUAAUGUUGUAUGGUACGGAAUUGUGUAAAGCCGGAAAAAUAAACAAAGUUUGCAAUCUGCAAUUAAAAUUAUCAGCGCAUUGGGAAAUUGAUUGUCAAAAAAAAAUAAUAUAAAAGGGCGUGUUUCCAGCCCAAUUAUUACCGCUAUGGUUGGAAUAAUUGACGAUACUCGUUUGCAUUAUCCCGUUGGGACGCGCAUCAAAAUAGGUGACAAUUAUGGUACCGUCAAGUACGUGGGCGAGGUAACUGGCUAUACAGGCUCUUGGUUGGGGAUUGAAUGGGAUGAUCCGCGCCGUGGUAAACAUAAUGGAUGCCUUGAUGGCAAACACUACUUCCAUACGCAACACUCUAACGCCGGUAGCUUUGUGCGUCCCGGUAAAAUAGGUCCCUUUGAAUCACUUGAAGAUGCAGCCAGGGAACGCUACCUAGGUUAUUCGGCUGAAAACAGUUUGGACGCAUCGCUGAUACGCGAGGCCCAGCAAAAUAUGCAAGCAAGUUUCUUUGAAGUUGUGGGCAUGGAUAAGAUAGCACGCAAGCAGAGCAAAUUUGAGCAGUUGACUGAGGUGAGCGUCGAUAAUUGUCCAAUAAACGCAGCAGGCUACUUAAAGGAUUUCGAAGUGCUUGCCACAUUAAAUGUUAGCUCUACUCUUAUUUGGAAUUGGGAGAUAGUCGCAAAUAUAUGUAAGCAGGUGCCGACUUUAAUGGAUUUAAACCUAAGUUGCAACCGCUUAUUAUUACCAACGGAAGCGCAAAUUAAAGAAUUAGAGCCAGCUUUUCGAAAUUUGCAAUGUAUUAAUCUGCGCAACUGCGGAUACAAUGACUGGACAAAUGUGGUGCACACUGCUAAAUUGUGGCCACAAAUACAAGUUCUGGCGCUUCAAGAAAAUCCUUUAACGGAGCUAAGUGAAGUUAAUUGUAAAGAAGUCUUCAAAAACCUAAGAGAAUUGGAUUUACAUCGUACAAAGAUUAUGGACUUUGACCAAGUAUGCAAAUUAGGCAACAUAAGUACACUGAAAGCUUUGAAUCUCAUGGAAAAUGGCAUAGAAGAAAUUAAGUUACCAGAUUGUGAGCCGCAUGUCAAGCUCCAAAUGUUUGUUGGAUUAGAGCAAUUGAACUUGCUCUACAAUCCGAUAUGGAAUGAAGCAGACACCUUUAAUGAAUUGGAUAAGCUGCCUAAAUUGAAACGCCUUCAUAAAACUCCUCAUCUGAAAUCUGAUUUUGACGAAAUGUUUUCUAAAGCUGUGGGUAUGAUUAGUCAAUUAGAAAUGCUUAAUAAAGUUAAAGUAAGUCCUGAGGCGCGUCGUGAUGCUGGCUAUGAUACAUGGAAACGUUUUGCUAUGGAAUGGUUAAAAGCUCGAGAGAAACCAGAAGUGUUGCACGAUUUCUACAAAAAACAUCGUUCAUAUGCAGCCAUAAUCAAAAAGUACGGAUCGCCAGCUGAGUUUAUUGUACGGCCGAACGUAAAACAUUCAAAUUUAAUUAGGAUUAGUGUACUUAACCAACAAACUGGAGAGAUCUGGGAAAAACGAGUACCGCGAAUGAUUACGGUACAAACAUUACAAGGUCUGAUUGCGAAACGCUUUCAACAGGUUGGCGCAACAGUUUCUAGUUUGCCUCAGCUGUCUUAUGUUGAUGCCAAAUAUCCGGAUCUAGUUGUACCGUUGGACAAUAGCGCUAAGACAUUAGAUUUUUACAGCGUUCAGGAAGGCGACAAGGUGAUUGUGAAAUAAUAACAAAUUGCCUGGUCGGUAUCCAUCAUUUCUUUGUUGAAAAAUUAUUCUGGAACAGCUUAGCCGCAAAAUUUUAUUGUAUGUAUAAUUCAAUAACAUAAUAGAACUGAUUUUUUAUUUUCUGGAUUUAAGUUGCAUAUUCCUAACCCGUUAUACAUUUUUCGUCGUUUAAAGUACAAAGCCGCGUAUCGUCGUUCUGCAAAACCGCGUAACCGACAUUUU